AUGAGGUUUCUCAAAUUCCGGAAUGCAUAUGUUUGCCAGGGACCUGAAUUUCUUCCUGAUGAGUUGAGGUGGCUUGAUUGGCAUGGAUAUCCUUCCAAAAGUCUGCCUAUUAGCUUUAAGGGAGACCAACUUGUUAGUUUGAAAUUGAAAAAAAGGCGCAUCAUACAACUUUGGAAAACCUCAAAGGAUCUAGGAAAACUGAAGUACAUGAACCUUAGCCAUUCACAGAAGCUAAUAAGGAUGCCAGAUUUUUCAGUUAUGCCUAAUCUUGAGAGACUGGUUCUUGAAGAAUGCACAAGUUUGGUAGAAAUCAAUUUUUCUAUUGGAGAUCUUGGAAAGCUAAUCUUGCUGAAUCUGAAGAACUGCAGAAAUUUGAAGACCCUACCAAAGAGAAUUCGAUUGGAAAAGCUUGAAAUUCUCGUUCUUUCAGGCUGCUCAAAGUUGAGAACAUUCCCAGAAAUAGAAGAGAAAAUGAAUCGUUUAGCAGAACUGUAUUUGGGCGCGACUGCUUUGAGUGAACUACCUGCAUCAGUUGAGAACCUUUCAGGAGUUGGUGUAUUAAAUAUAAGUUACUGCAAGCAUCUUGAGAGUCUACCUAGCAGUAUUUCUAGGUUGAAAUGUCUGAAAACAUUUGAUGUGUCCGGAUGCUCAAAACUUAAAAAUUUACCAGAUGAUUUGGGACUUUUAGUUGGUUUAGAGGAGCUCCACUGCACUCACACAGCCAUCCAAACAAUUCCGUCUUCUAUAUCUCUUCUUAAAAACCUUAAGCACUUAUCUCUCCGUGGAUGUAGUGCUUUGAGUUCACAAGUAAGUAGCUCAAGUCAUGGCCAGAAGUCUAUGGGUGUAAAUUUUCAGAAUUUGCCGGGUCUUUGUUCAUUGAUCAUGUUGGAUCUUAGUGACUGCAACAUUUCAGAUGGAGGCAUUUUAAGUAAUCUUGGGUUCUUACCAUCUUUGGAGGGAUUGAUUCUCGAUGGUAACAAUUUUUCCAAUAAUCCGGCUGCAAGCAUAAGUUGUCUCACUCGACUUAAAGCCCUUGCAUUGGCUGGUUGUAGGAGGCUUGAGAGUUUACCGAAACUUCCUCCAGGUAUAGAAAAGAUAUAUGCUGAUGAAUGCACAUCUUUGAUGAGCAUUGAUCAGCUAACCAAAUAUCCAAUGUUGCGUGGAGUUUCAUUUACAAAAUGUCAUGAACUUGUAAAAAAUAAAUGGCAUGCCUCUGUGGUUGAUUCAUUGUUGAAGCAGAUGCUCAAGAGACUAUACAUGAAUGGCACAUCUAGUAUGUAUUUUCCUGGUGUGGAGAUUCCUGAGUGGUUUACAUGCAAGAACUGGGGGACUAAAUCAAUCUCAGUGGCCCUGCCCCAAAAUUGGUUCACACCCACAUUCAGGGGGUUUACUGUUUGUGUUGUUUUUGACAUGAUGACUCCUUUCAUUUUAGGGAAAUUAAUGUCGAAUGAUCCCUUCAGUUUUCGUACUGCCAAAUGGCUAAAAAAUUUCCAAGGACUUGUGAUAUGGUUAAGGUUCACAAGCCAUGAUGGUUUGCAGCACAAAUUUCGGACAUGCAUCGGCUUAAUAGGAAGUGAAAAACCUGUUGGUUUAGGUAAUACUUUCCUAGCCCAUGUACCACUUCCAAGUUCUUGGCCGUUCAAGGAUGUUCUCGAUAACAAUCUUAAUAACCUCAUUCAGCUUGAGGUUGGUGUCUGUGAUGAUUUGCAUAAGGAUUUGGUGGUCAAAGGUUUGGGAGUGCGUCUUGUGUAUGAGAAUUGA